ACACACUCCCUCACCUCACUCUCCCCCUUUUCCUUCUCUCUCUCUCUGUUUUUUUUUUUCUUUUCUAUAUCUAUAUAUAUAUAAUAAUAUAGCCGGAACAUCACUUUCUCUGUCGGUCUGUCUGUCUUAAGUAACUAAUGGCAGACGCUAGCGGUGGUGGUGGUGGUGGUCAAUACACCGACUUCCCUGCAGUAGCAACCCACGGCGGCCAGUUCAUCAAGUACAACAUAUUCGGUAAUGAAUUCGAAAUCACUAACAAAUAUCGUCCACCCAUCAUGCCUAUUGGCCGUGGCGCUUACGGAAUCGUAUGUUCGAUGUUGGACACUUCGACCAACGAAAUGGUAGCUGUGAAGAAGAUUGCAAAUGCUUUUGAUAAUUAUAUGGACGCUAAACGAACGCUUCGUGAGAUUAAGCUCCUUCGUCAUUUGGAUCAUGAAAAUGUAAUAGUUAUAAAAGAUAUAAUUCCACCACCUGUUAGGAGAGAGUUCACUGAUGUCUACAUUACAACUGAACUUAUGGAUACUGACCUUCACCAAAUCAUCCGGUCUAAUCAAAACUUAUCGGAAGAGCAUUGCCAGUACUUCUUGUAUCAACUGCUAAGAGGCUUGAAGUACAUUCACUCUGCUAAUGUCAUUCAUAGAGACCUUAAACCUAGUAAUCUGCUAUUGAAUGCAAAUUGUGAUUUGAAGAUUUGUGAUUUUGGACUUGCACGAACAAGUGCUGAGAAUGACUUUAUGACUGAAUAUGUCGUCACCAGAUGGUAUAGGGCUCCUGAGCUGCUACUCAACUCGUCAGAUUACACGGCUGCCAUUGACGUGUGGUCUGUUGGUUGCAUCUUCAUGGAGCUUAUGAACAAGAAGCCUUUGUUUGCCGGUAAAGAUCACGUCCAUCAAAUGCGCUUGUUAACAGAGCUUCUAGGUACACCAACAGAAUCUGAUCUUCGGUUCAUUAGAAAUGAAGAUGCAAAAAGGUAUCUUGCUCAACUCCCUCAACAUCCUCGCCAGUCAUUGUCGAAGAUUUUCCCACACGUUCACCCAUUGGCUAUUGAUUUAGUUGACAAAAUGUUAACAAUGGAUCCAGCUAAACGAAUCACAGUUGAAGAUGCAUUAGAUCAUCCUUACCUUGCAAGACUACACGAUGUGGCUGAUGAGCCAAUCUGCAUGGAUCCGUUCUCAUUUGAAUUUGAACAACAAGUUCUAGGAGAAGAACAAAUUAAGGACUUGAUUUAUGAGGAAGCAUUAGCACACAAUCCAGGGUUUGCUUAAGAGUAAACGCUUUGGCAUUCCAUAGUAUUGAUAUACGAAAUUGCUAACGAUAUAUGGUAUUAAUAAAGCUGCUAUGUGAAUGCUCUUAAAAAGGAGUAUAUCAGAAUCUUCCAACUGGAACUGCAAGUAUGUUGUAUUCUUGAUCUAAACCAAUUUGCAGAUGAAUCCGGUGGCUGAUCAAUGUCCCUUCUCCAGUGUGAAAUUGUCUUAUUGCUUUUUGGUUCAUGGAAGGGGUUCAAGUUUUGGUUUCCUUCCGGUUCCUAUUGCUUUGUGUUGUUGAGAUUCUAAACUAGUUUUUAGAAUGUUGUACUGUAAUAUGUAGCCUACUGUCUAUUGUUUACGUACCCGAGAUCUAUUUGAGUAUUUCUUUGUAAAAACAUUUGUAUAAGGGUAUCUUCCCUAUGAUGCAUAUUUUGGGGGGUUUAA